AAACUACAAUUCCCGGCGCGGAGCGCGGUGAAGGGGGGGGUGGGAUCUGAACAUGGCGGCGGUGGUAGCUGCUACGGCGUUGAAGGGCCGGGGGGCGAGAAAUGCCCGCGUCCUCCGGGGGAUUCUCUCAGGAGCCACAGCUAACAAGGCCUCACAGAACAGGACUCGGGCACUGCAAAGCCACAGCUCCCCAGAGUGCAAGGAGGAGCCGGAGCCCCUAUCCCCUGAGCUGGAAUACAUUCCCAGAAAGAGGGGCAAGAACCCCAUGAAAGCUGUGGGACUCGCCUGGUACAGCCUGUACACCCGCACCUGGCUCGGGUACCUCUUCUACCGCCAGCAGCUGCGAAGGGCUCGGAAUCGCUACCCCAAAGGCCACUCCAGAACCCAGCCCCGCCUCUUCAACGGAGUGAAGGUGCUUCCCAUCCCCGUCCUGUCAGACAACUACAGCUACCUCAUCAUCGACACCCAGGCCCGGCUGGCUGUAGCUGUGGACCCCUCAGACCCUCAGGCCGUACAGGCUUCCAUUGAAAAGGAGGGCGUUAAUUUGGUUGCCAUCCUCUGCACCCACAAGCACUGGGACCACAGUGGAGGAAACCGUGACCUCAGCCGGCGGCACCAGGACUGCCGGGUGUAUGGGAGCCCUCGGGACGGCAUCCCCUACCUCACCCAUCCCCUGUGUCAUCAAGAUGUGGUUAGCGUGGGACGGCUUCAGAUCCAGGCUCUGGCCACGCCUGGCCACACGCAAGGCCAUCUGGUCUACCUACUGGAUGGGGAGCCCUACAAGGGUCCCUCCUGCCUCUUCUCAGGGGACCUGCUCUUCCUCUCUGGCUGUGGACGGACCUUUGAGGGCACCGCAGAGACCAUGCUGAGCUCCCUGGAUACGGUGCUGGGGCUGGGGGAUGACACUCUGCUGUGGCCUGGUCACGAGUACGCAGAAGAGAACCUGGGCUUUGCAGGUGUGGUGGAGCCCGAGAACCUGGCCCGGGAGAGGAAGAUGCAGUGGGUCCAGAGGCAGCGAAUGGAGCGCAAGAGCACGUGCCCGUCCACCCUGGGAGAAGAGCGCUCCUACAACCCCUUCCUGAGGACGCACUGCCUGGUGCUGCAGGAGGCUCUGGGGCCAGGCCCGGGCCCCACGGGGGACGAUGGCUGCUCCCGGGCCCAGCUCCUGGAGAAGCUCCGCCAGCUGAAGGACCUGCACAAGAGCAAGUGACAGCCCCCAGCCCACCACAGCCUGCCCCCCACGGCGGGGAGGCCCCCCCCAUCGCCCACACCACACCGUCCCCCUCAUUUGCUGCCACCACCACCUCAUCGGCACCCCCAGUGGGCCUCAGGCCCCAGCACUGUCGGGGAGAGGAGGGACAGGGGGCGAGGCCAUGAGACCGAGA